AUGGAGAGAAAAUCUAGUAUAAUCGGCGACACUCGUCCCCUCCCACCACCUCUCAUAGAUACCAAAGCAGAUGAAGACCAAUUCAAAGACACAGACCCCUUCGUCGACCCCCCGAUUUCAAUAGACCACGGUCUCAAUUUCAAAGUCGGAAAGGGGACAUUUCUCAACUUCAACCUGCUCGUCUUGGAUACAUGUCUUGUCACCAUCGGGGAACGAGUGCUCUUCGGCCCCAAUGUUAGUAUCUAUGGUGCCACGCAUCCGAUGGAUCCUGCUGUGCGACGUGGACUCGAGGGCCCGGAGGCGGGUAAGGAAGUGCAUGUUGAGGAUGAUGUUUGGAUUGGCGGUAGUGUGAUUAUUUUGGCGGGUGUGAGGAUUGGUCGGGGGAGUACGGUUGGGGCUGGGAGUGUGGUUACUAGGGAUGUGCCGCCUUUUCAUUUUGCUGCUGGGAACCCGGCACGGGUGAUUAAGAAGAUUGAGACGAGUAUGGAUUCGGAACAGCAGUCGAUGCAAUGA